AUGAAAGCCACUAAACUCCUUUUCGCCCCCUCCUUCCUGCUCAGCGAGGGCUCCCUGGCCCGGGAAGCCACAACACCAAACUCAGCGCUACUCUCCUCUCAUACCGUCGAACUUGGACCCUACAAGUCAGCCUACGAAAAGGCAAAGGCACUAGUGGGCUCACUAAAUAAGACUGAGAAAAUCACGAUCAUCACUGGCGGCUCUAUCCCUGGGGUGUGGACGGCACUCGAGGAUCAUGACGAAGUGUCCGGCGUGGGCUCAAACUACUAUGUUUCUGGCUUUGUCGGUGCCAACGCCUUGGCUAUGACCUGGGACCGUGAUCUUGCCUAUAGCCAGUUCCUGGCCACGGGAAAAGAGUUUUAUGGGAUGGGAUACAAUCUGGUCUAUGGUCCCAUAUCCAUGGAGCAUGCCAUCUCUGGCCAAAACGCAGCUGGUGCUAUUGCCACUGGCCGCCACUUCCUUUUGAACGAGCAGGAGACCAAUUGA